AUGGCCACUGCUCUUUUCUACUCGGUGGAUGAGAAUAGAACUCUUUGUCUCUUCGAUGGCAUCCUUCACAGCCCUACUAUUCUCCUCCUCACUCCCCUAGCUUACGCUAUGCUAUUUAACAGCAAACGCGUCCUCGCCUUUCUUCUGCGAGACAAAACAGGUUCCAGUAUCCAGGCAUCUUGCUUCACCGCAGACUGCAUAGACCCCAAGGGUAUCUGGUUCCACUCCUAUCGCCUUCUAGAGUUCUCUACUCUCCUCGUCCGCCGACCCGACGCUCAGCUCUAUUCCAGACUACUCGAAGCUGCUGAUUCUCCUACACGCAUCAACUUUAACAUGGAACAGCGACUCAGUUGCACCAUUUACCGUCACAAACGCGUAGUUUCAAGAAGCACUACGAUGGUGGAUAACGCCUGGGAGGCGCUAUGGUGCAUCUGGCGAGAAUUCCGAAACCCUAUGACCAUGGUGGACUGCUCAUCAGAGCUCUUUAUCGCCGGUUGCGAUGCACGCAAACUAGCGGCGAGGGUGGAUUUUGAAAAAGUGAUGGCAGCCUGUAGGCAAACCAAGAACAGCAACACGCAUUUCAUCUAUUUCCUUCAGCUUCUUAUUUUCCAUGGAGUAGAUAUGCAGGUGAAGGAGGUAUUGGCAAAUUACGUGAACACGUUGUUGCAAUUGAGCUUGCGAGAGGGUUGCGAUAGCCGAGCUAGGAAGAGUCUGUUCAUUGCGGUGUUCAACCUGGCUGGCCAGACAUGGGAAGAAUUCAGAGAAGCAAUUGAGGAAAUGAGAGGAAUUCUGCGGAUGGACAGUCUAUCUCAUCACGAUCAGCAGUCAUUGCAAAUGUUCUGCGUGCGACGGCUUAGACAACUUCUGCCUGGGGCGGGAUUCUUUCGACACGUGUGGUUGAUGUCAAAACUUAACGAAUCUGCCAAACGGACGCUUAUGACGGGACUGAUCAAACACAAGAAAUUCGAGCCAAGCGCUACACCAACAGUGUGGAAGUUAAAACCAAAAGAAACCAAGUAUAAAAUGAAGGAAGAGAGGUCGAGUAAUGAGGAAGAAGAUAAAGAGGAGAAAGAGGAUAAAGAGGGAACCGAAACAGAGACGUCUACAACCGAGGAAGCUCGUAAAGGGGGCAUAAAAGAAGUAAAAGAAUUAGAGACGUGGAAAUCAGGAGAAUCAGACGAGAAAGUGCACGAGAAAAAAGAACCACAAACACAAUCGCUUUUCCCAUAA